CCUCAUCAAGCAGUCGCAUCCAGAUUCGCAUCUUUGUUCAUCAAAACACCAUCAAUGUCAACAAACCGCCGCCUCCUCAGCAUAUCUGGGUUUUUAUAUUGAAAUACCGCACUCUUCUUCUCAGCCAACUUCGACAUUUACAGCAUUUACUCAACAUUUACCCCACAUAUAUCUCAACCAUGGAUGUGCCCGACAUUACCCCCUCGCUGGAGAAGCUCAACGUCGACCUGGACCAGCUAGAAGCCGCCUUGAAGCCUGUUCUCGGUGAUGUUGGUGAUGUAUCUUCCAAAUUGCCUCUUUUGGACAAGGCCAAGCUCUACGUUAUGGUGACUUAUGCCAUCGAAUCGAUCCUCUUUUCCUCACUACGUCUGAACGGUGUUGAUGCCAAGGAGCAUGCCAUUUUCACAGAGUUGACCCGCGUCAGGCAAUAUUUCGAAAAGAUCCAGAAUAUUGAGAACCCGCCCCAGGAGCGUGAGCAGACGGUCAACAAGGAGGCCGCUGCCCGCUUCAUCAGAUCUGACUUGGCCGAUGAUGAGGCUAUCAAGCAAAAGCUGACGGAGCUGAUUGCCAAAGAGAAGGCGAAGGCAGAGGCCAAGGAGGAGAAGAAGCGAGCAGCAGAUUCGAGCUCUGAGCCCACUGCCAAGCGCCCCAAGACCAAGGGCAACAAGAAGAAAACUGAGAAGUUAAGCAUCGAAACCCCUGAAGAUAAAACAUGCGGCUACAACCCUAACCCUCUGACGUUCACAGGGGAAAACAGGGGUCCAAGCUCCGAGCUCUCGACUCGGCUUUCAGGGCCUCGGCCGGCGCGGAGGCCUGCUUAUCCCCAUUCCUUCAACGAUCAUCGUCGCCAUCACAACCACACUCAUCCACUACCUCAAACCGCCAAAACGUCGGUCGCAUUAAUCUACGCAACCCAACAACAACCACACCAACAAGAAGCCAAAAUGCCUCGCCAAAGCCGUGGUUCCGCCCGCCCUUCCGUCCCCGCGCGCAAGCCCGUGGCUUCUACCAACCAGCAGCAGCAGCGUCCUGCUUCCACCUACGCUCCUCCCACCGCUGCUCCCCACGCUCCUCCCGCUGCCGCCGCGCCCGUUUCCCAGGGCCCUGGUCUCUUUGGUCAGAUGGCUAGCACUGCUGCUGGUGUCGCCAUCGGCUCCUCCAUCGGCCACGCCAUCGGAGGCAUGUUCUCCGGUGGCGGUUCCUCCGCCGCCCCCGAGGCCGCCGCCGCGCCCGUCCAGGCUCAGGCCGCCGCCGCCCAGAACUCGUCGUGGGGCAACAACUGCUCCGAGGCGACCAAGAGCUUCACCCAGUGCAUGGACCAGCACCAGGGCAACAUGCAGAUCUGCGGCUGGUACCUGGAGCAGCUCAAGGCUUGCCAGGCCGCUGCUAGCCAGUACUAAAUACUGAGCUUAUCUUCUCUCUCUUUUGCCUCUCUUUCUCCUUACUGAGGCAUUGAGGGGGGCUGAGGGUUAAGUAAGAGGAGGUGAAGAUGUGAAGGGUUUGGAAUGAGAGAGAGAAAGAACAGAGUGGGGCCGUGGGUGUGUGUACGAUUAGUUGAGAGGAGGAGAAAAGCAAGUAGCUUCGUUGCUUGGCUUUGUCGUCUUACGGCGAAGGCGCCGCUCAAUUUACGUCUCCCAUUCUCUCGAAGAAGCUCGAAGAGGGGUUCACGCAGCAUAUACCAACAACAACAUCAAGAUACCAGCAUUGGAGUUCAGGAAUUGGUCUCGAAGACGGUGAUAUAUCAUCAUUAUCAUUAUAAGGGUAACACAAAGAACUGUACAAAUACAAGAUUUUUGCCUCCCU